UACGGCGGCGGCGGCGACGGUCACAAACGUUUCACGCGGUCCGACAGCAACAGACGUCACGAACACGCAUCUAUCAUCUCGUCCGCACCGGCGAGCCCUUCCCCCGCCCUACACACGACUCGGUUUGUUGUACGCGUUUCGACAAUCGUCCUGUCCGACGACAGACGUCGUUUGCUGUCUCGUCGGUAAGUGCACACGGGAAACGAUCUACAUCGGUAACCUACAAAUAAGGGAAGUUUUCGCGAACGCACGGAGUGUCGCUCUUCAACGCGCACGAAACGACACGUUCGUCAUGACAACGUGCAGAAGUUUGCCGACUCGCAGCCACGCGGCCCGUGGAAGACGUCGUUGACAGGUGCUCAAAGUCUUCGAUCGCCCUCCGCCGCGGGUGAGCGUCCGUUUCGGGUACAGCCGCCGUCGCCACUACAGCCACUGAGGCCCCUCGUCGGCGCGGGAUCGCGCCUCCCCGACACCUGUACCGCUAAGCGAUGGCCCGACCCGGCGUGGUGGCGCCCCUCAUCCAGUUGCUGCUGUGCGCGGCCGCUCUGCGACCCGCCGUGGUGAUGGUCAACGGCCAGGACGCAGACUCACUGGCCAGCAGCUUUUUCUCAGGUUUGCUGGACACCAUCACCAGUACGGCGGACAGCAAGGACUGCCCGGGCGUUUGCGUGCACACGUUGGCCACGCUCAUAUGCUACGAGGUGCUGGAGAACGUCAAGUGUCCCAGCCCGACGAUGCGGUGCUGCGUGGAACCUCCUCCGCUGCCGGCCAACGGCACGGCGGCCGCCGUUAACAAGGUGGUCCAAACCACCCCGACUGCGGGGUCCAGCGCCCGGCCGCAAGCGGUCUCCUCUAGCAGCCAACAGCAGAGGCCGGCCGUCAAUUCUUCGUCCGCGGACAAUCCUGGCAUCGUGUGUCCGGGAGUGUGCGUGGCCGAGAGGAUAGCCGACUACUGUGAAGCCGUUCUGAACGUGACGGAGAUGUGCAAGACGGGUCUGCGGUGUUGCGUGUCCAAGGAUGCGUUCGCCGGCGCCGAACACCUGGUCGUGCUGGACAGGAACUCGACCAGGAUCAGCCUGAACAACGCACCACACCGGCCGCCACCACCGUCGUCCACCACGACAACGGCGGCGACGACGACAGCGGCCGCGGACACCUCGGCGGCCGCGCCCCCGCCGCCAGUGGGCAGCAAACAAUGUCGCGGCGAGUGCGUUAGCGGGCUGUUUGCGCUGUUCUGCGACGACGUAGACGCCGAAGCGUACUGUCCGGGCGACGACAGCAGUUGUUGCGUCACCGCGCCCGCCGACGGACAGUCGGGCCAGCAGCAGCAGCCUCCGCCGCCACCACCGCGUCCCACCCAGCCGUCCAAACAAUCGUCGUCCAAGCAACCACCGGCCACCACCACGGGCCGGCCGUUACCCAAGUGCCCAGGCUUCUGUCUGCUCAACCUGAUGGCCGCGUUCUGCGAACGGCCGUCCGUGCUGGUAUCAUACACGUCCACGUGUAAACAAGGUUCGGUGUGCUGCGACAACACCAAGGCGGCCGCACCGUCGACCGCGCACGCCACGCAAAAACCCAAACCCCGGCCGCCCGCGCCGACCACCACCACGGUGGCCACACCACCCGCACCGCCUGACGGCCGGCCAGAGUGCCCGGGAUCGUGCAUCGUCCCUUACUUGUCGUUCACAUGUUUCAGAAAUGCUGAAAUGACAGACGUAUUCAAAUGCCGAAAACCAGGGACGCAGUGUUGCGCUUCGAAAACACAAAUUCGCGAAGUCGUUGAACAGAAGACUGGUGUCGUCAACUACGGGGCCAAUCCACCGCAAUCCACGCCGCAAACCUACGGUGGGUUUACGCACAGAAACGACACUGUACCGCCGUUUAGGCCGCACGUGCCGAGUUCGUUGCAAGUGUACACCCCGUCACCAGUCGAUUAUUCGGCGAAUCCUACAGUGUCCACGUUGACCACGUCAAAUCCUGUACCUGCCAAACCGUCGACGUACAGCAAGUACGUGUGCGGCGUAAAGGGAACGUCUAGGACGAGGACGUCGAGAGUAGUCGGCGGUGAAGACGCUGACGCGGCCGAGUGGUGUUGGCAAGUGGCGUUGAUCAACUCCUUAAACCAAUAUCUGUGCGGAGGAGCAUUGAUCGGCACUCAAUGGGUGUUAACUGCUGCGCAUUGCGUUACAAACAUUGUGAGGUCCGGUGACGCGAUCUACGUGCGCGUGGGCGACCAUGACCUGACCCGAAAGUACGGGAGCCCGGGUGCACAGACACUCAGGGUGGCCACCACGUACAUCCACCACAACCACAAUUCGCAGACGUUGGACAACGACAUCGCCCUGCUCAAGCUCCACGGUCAGGCCGAGCUCAAAGAUGGCGUGUGCCUGGUGUGCCUGCCAGCAAGGGGCGUCAGCCACGCGGCCGGAAAACGAUGCACGGUCACCGGAUACGGAUAUAUGGGCGAAGCAGGCCCGAUCCCGUUGCGCAUCCGCGAGGCCGAGAUCCCGGUGGUCAGCGACACGGAGUGCAUUCGUAAGAUAAACGCGGUCACCGAGAAGAUAUUCAUACUUCCGGCCAGCAGCUUUUGCGCCGGUGGUGAGGCCGGAAACGAUGCCUGUCAGGGAGAUGGUGGUGGACCCCUUGUGUGCCAAGACGACGGAUUUUUCGAAUUGGCUGGAUUGGUGUCUUGGGGCUUUGGAUGCGGCAGAAUAGACGUACCAGGUGUAUACGUUAAGGUUUCGUCGUUUAUUGGUUGGAUCAAUCAAAUUAUAAGUGUAAACAAUUUGUAAUUUUAAACAUUCAAACGUUAGUUUACAUUAGUUCAAAUUAAAGUCGAACAUUGUUUAAAUUAGGUUAAAUUCAUCAAUAAUUUUAUUAUUUAUUAUUUAUUUUGUAUAUAAACCCUAAAAAUUAUUUUUAUUUUAUAAAAUGACAUAAAAUAAUAUAUUAUAUACAUUCUUGUAUAAUCAUAAUAUUUACGCAAUUUGUAAAUAUAAAAUAAAACCGUAAUUUGCGUAUUAAGUAAGUAUAAAAUUGACAUCGGUGACGUAUUGUGCCUAACACAAAUAUUUUGCCAAUAUUAAUUAUUAGCUGUAAAAAAAUAUUGGUCCGUUAAAAAAUAUAUGUUCAAAAAAUUACAUUUAUCACAAAUCAUUUUUAUUAUAUCUAUUAAUGUUUUAUAUUAAAAUAAAUAAAUCAUUGAAUUAGAUAUGUUGAAUUUAAAAAUGAGUAAUAAUUUUAUAUAAUUAUAUGUUUUAUACAUUAAGAGAUAUUAAGUUGAAACUGAAUUUUUUAUUUCUAUCAAGAAUUUAUAAAAACAAAUAUAUUACUGCAUUUAUUGAAAAGUAUAAAAA